CAGUAGUGGUGGAGUUAUUUGUCAAACGUAGGACUCGCACGAACAACAAACAUAAACCUUAGUUAAAUCGACGGCUACUACUGAACCAAACUCCUAAAACCUCACCGCCGUCUUCCCCAAUGUCGACAGAAACCCUAAACCCCAAAAUCAACGGCGAGGAUUUAACAGAGCAACUCCAUUCCCCGGAAACCUCCACCAAUCCAACGGUUGAAAUUGCACCAACGGAAAAGCGAAAGCGAGAAGAAACAGAAACAGAAACGGAGCAACAACAGCAACAGCCAAACCCGUUAUGGAAAACGAGUCUUUGCUCUUACUUCCGAAGAAACGAUAACUCAUGCAGCCACGGUGAUACCUGCCGUUAUGCCCAUGGUGAGUCGGAGCUCCGUCCCCGACCCGAUAAUACAUGGGACCCGACUUCUGAGCGGGCGAAAAAGAUAGCUAAGAAGGAUGAUGGUGGCGAUAAGGCAGAGAAUAAAGAAGAAGAGAAGUGUCAUGACGUCAUGAUGACGGAAGCGGUAGACGAUGAGGAGGAAUGUAGUUCGUCGGGUACUGGGUUGUCAAAGUGCCUGGUUAAUCUUCCUAUGAAGUGGAGUUCGGAUAAUUUAAGGUGUUUCCUUAAGCAGCAUGAUGUUACUUUUAAAUCAGCAAAAAAGAAGAAAGGCAUGGUUGUAGGAUUUGUUACUUUUGAAAAUGCAGAACAAGUGAAGAGUGCUCUGAAGGAGUUGAAUGGAAAGCUUGUUGGAAACAAGAAUUUGAAGGUUGGAGAUGUCAUUCCGCGGCCAUUUGAGAGAAAAGGUAAUUCGGCAAUAUCUUCAUCUCCGGCCAGUCAACAAGGUGAAAAGCAAACCCCAACUGGGGACAGUUUGGAUUCGAAUAAAAUAUCAGAUGAAACUGAGGCUGAGGACCCACUGUUCAGUGAUUCAGUUUUGAAGGGUAGGAGUGUUCGUGAUGUGGUGACUCCUCUUGCUAAUAUACCAUACGCUGAUCAGCUGGAGCAGAAGAAGAGCUCUUUGAUGCAAACUCUCAAAAAACUUACUCGAAAUGCACGUAAAGCCUGUCCAAAUGGUGUUUCACUUCCAGAAUGGAUUCUCAAAUCUAGGGACAUAGGUGGUCAACCAUGCAAACUGGAGGGCAUAAUUGACUCGCCACUUAUUGAGGGAUAUCGUAACAAGUGUGAGUUUUCUGUUGGAUACUCUGUACUAGGGAAGCCAACUGUGGGGUUUCUGCUUGGAAAUUUCAGGGAGGGUGUGACAGCUGUUGAGGAACCUGUGAACUGCCCAAAUGUUUCUAGAAUUUCUUGUAAAUAUGCUGCUAUCUUUCAAGAAUUUUUACAAAAGUCAACCCUACCUAUUUGGAAUAGAUUGAAUAAUACUGGAUUCUGGAGGCAACUUACUGUUCGAGAAGGUCGCAUGCCUGGUAAUAAUGUAGAGGUUGAAAAUCCCGAUGCAAGUAUUUCAGAGGUUAUGCUCAUUGUUCAGGUUUGCACUCUGGCGCUGGAUGAUGCAGUAGUUAAUGAUGAAUUCCAAAGUAUGGCCAAAGCAUUUGCUAUUGGAGCUUCUAGUGCAUCACCAACAUUACCUCUUACUGUCCUGGUAGUUCAGGAUCACACUGGUAUAUCUAAUGUAGCGCCGGCAGAUGCUUCUCUGCGCGUCCUUCCGUUUCCCAAAGGGGAAAGAUAUUCUGAACUGCAAGCAGAUAAUACAGUUGCUGAAGCAAAAAUUCACGAUUUUAUAAAUGGACUUAAGUUUUGUAUUUCACCCACAGCCUUCUUUCAG